GCGAGAGGAGGCGGUGGUUGCAUUAGCGGCGUCUCGUGGACACGUGCAGGCGGCGGGCCGGACAAGCGGAGCCGGGGACGAAGCGGCGUGACUGCGGCAACCGAGCGGCCCCGUCCCGCGAUGGUUCUAAGAUUUCGUAAUGUUUUUCCAUACGCCCUCCCUGGAGUGUUGGCCCUCUUUGGCUGGUGGUGGUACAUCACCCGUAAGAAAAGCCAUGCAAACAGCUGCAAUAAGCAGCUUCCCACUGUGCCAGAGAAAAGCAACAAGAUUGGGGGAGAGAAUCAUGCUACUGUAGAGGAUGGUACGAAUGAAACGGUCACUGCUGCCAAGAAAUAUAACCAGAAGGAAAAUGUGGCCAAGAUGCAAGUUGUGCCAACUUUACAGGCUGAAGCACUAGGAAAACCAGAUAUUGCUGCAAAUUUGUUCCUGGAUGCCAGUGCAGAAAAGAAUGCUCAAAAAUUGGUACUGGACUCUUCUCAAACCCAAGAAGCUCUCUUCAUGCCCAAUGUGCAAGGCCCCAUUCAGGUAUCACCCAAGCUUGAGAAAGAUGGCUACCUCCAUCAAAUGAUGGAUAAAACCACUCUUGGUUCCUUGGAAACACGACAGUCCUCAGUCUACAAUGUUACAAGUUCUCCAUUCUCUAUUGCAAAGUCUUCUGAUAACCUGGAAGCCAAAGGAAAAACUGACAAAACUUUACCAAAACUCACUACAGCAGCUCCUACAGAAUGUGAACAUCUGGUGUCUGACCACCAUUCCAUGGAAAGGCCUGAACCAGAAGGUGAAAAUUCAGGAAAUACAACAGAGCCACCAUGUUUCAAGAUGGCGCUCAAUAGUGUUGGUAUUAGUCCCUAUUUAAUUCAAGCUGGUCUUCGCCAAGAAUCUGAGCAGGGUAGCCAAUUCCGUAAAGAAGCUUGCUUCACUGAUGACAGUGUGUCCACUGAACCAAUUGACAAACGAGUUAAUCUGGAUAAGAUUGAAGAGGCCGCUGCAGAUUUGAUCUCAGAGGUAAUAAUGGCUGCCAAAGAAGAAUUGUUUUCUUCACGGCUGGGUCCUUGUGCAGAGGGAGAGUGCACAACUGGAGUGGAAAAUAACAAGCUGACAAAUUCCACAGUAUUGCCUGUGGCUAGAGAUGCACGUGAAGUAUGUGCUGAGUUAAGGGAGGUCACUGAAGAAAAAUAUAAGACCGAAGUAACACCAAAGAGCAUGAUACCAAAGGAGAGGGCAGCUAAAGACUUGACUGAAGAGAUCUGUAAAGAUGAAGAGCAGGGCCAUUCCACAGAGUUGACCAUCUCCAAAGUACACGACAACUCUUCGGAAGAAGCUAAUCCAGUAGCAGAAGAUUCUGGUUUCAGUGUCUGUCUCUCAGAAGAUGGAGUUGAUGGAGAAUAUCUACCCGAAGCUAAUAUGGGUCUAUGCAACCUAGAAAACCAUAAAGGCUUGUUGAGUAAUUGCCAGGCAACCAACGUUCAAAGUGACCUGACUUGCAAGGAGAAGCUUGGAGGGCCAAAGAUGUUAUCAAGUGAAACUGAUGUGAAAGAAAGUGUUUCAAAGGAUUGUGCUAAAGUUGCACCUGGGAGCACAAGUCAGGUGUGCACAGAGGAGUUGCAGCCCGGACCAGUUAAUGACAAGUCUUCAGAGGAAUUGAACAUUGUCACAGAGGAUUCUGGAUGCAGCGUUUGCUACUCAGGAGAUAUAUCUGGAGGAGAUCUGCCACUUAGCCUAGUAGAAAGCACACUAGAAAAUACAGACACACUACAUAACUCUGUAGCUGGAGAAGAUUCCUUGGGGCAAGACCCAAAACAUGGACAUAAAUCUACACUCCAGGACGACACUAAACUCUCGCAUGCCAAUGGAGGUCAAGAGGAAGCUGCUAAUGGGACUUCCCACUUGCUGCUUGAAAUGGAGUAUGAUCAUUCUGGAGCUUCAGAUGUAAAUAGCAUGGAUUCAAAUGAUAGCGGCUGUACAGCAGGUGGUGCAGAAUGUCAGAGCAGAGACACUACGAAAGGCAAAACUGAACUUAUCAUCUGGGAGGUACAGGUGCCAAAGCAUCUGGUUGGACGGUUAAUUGGUAAGCAAGGACGGUACGUGAGUUUCUUGAAGCAGACCUCUGGUGCCAAGAUUUACAUAACCACAUUGCCUUAUACACAAGAUUUCCAGAUCUGUCAUAUAGAAGGAAAUCAACACCAGGUAGACAAAGCACUUGACCUGAUCGGAAAGAAGUUUAAAGAGCUGGAUCUUACAAACCUGUAUGCUGCACCUCCAUCUCUGACAAUACCAGCAUUGCCCAUAACCUCAUGGCUCAUGCUUCCGGAUGCUGUGUCCGUUGAAGUGCUGGUGGUGAAUAUCGUCAAUGCAGGGCAUAUGUUCCUGCAGCAGCACACUCAUCCGACGUGCCACGUACUACGUAGCAUGGAUCAACAAAUGUUUCUUGUUUACUCUCAGCCAGGAAUCCCAACACUGACACCUCCAUUAGAAGUUGGUAUAAUUUGUGCAGCUCCAGCAGUAGAUGGGGCUUGGUGGAGGGCACAAGUGGUUGCUUUUUUCGAAGAAACAAAUGAAGUUGAAAUUCGUUACGUUGACUAUGGCGGCUAUGAACGAGUUAAAAUUGAAGCAUUACGACAAAUCAGGUCUGACUUUGUGUCACUCCCUUUCCAAGGGACUGAAGUCCUACUGGAUAAUAUAAUGCCCCUUCCAGGUGAGGACCACUUCUCAGAUGAAGCAAAUGCUGCGAUGGAUGAAAUGACACGUGGUGCAGCUUUACUUGCCCAGGUAACUGGUUAUGACAACAGUGGUACACCUCUCAUACACUUGUGGAGUAUAGCUGGUGAUAAGGUCCUGUUGUUAAAUAGAUUCCUGGUGGAAAAAGGACAUGCACAAUGGAUGGAGAGCUACUAGUCUGCAGCUGGAAGCCAUUUUUCUAAACUCAUUUUGCACUGCAUUGUAAUUCAAUCAUUUGCUAGCUGUGCAGAUGUGUAUAUAAGUCACUGUAUUAAUAUUUUGUAAGAUCUCACAGUACAUAAAGGGGACUUUUUCAAAGUUAUGGAAUCUAUAGGUAAGUGAUUGUCACUCAAUUGUCAUGUCUGAUUAAUUUGAUAUUUAAGAGAAAUCUUAUUGUCAUUGUACAGAAUAGUUUUGCUAGAUUACUUGAAUGGAAUGAUAUUGUGAUCAAUGAGUUUGCUACUUGGUUGUACAGACUUGUAAAAAGUAUCCAAAAAAACUGACAGAAUUCAGCUUGUGUGGUGUUUUUUUAUUGUAGCUUGGAGCUUCUCUCAUUUGUUUGUCAUUUGUAAUUCUGUACUUCCAGUAAGGCACUGAAAUGAUUUUUCUCUACUGAUUUGAGGAUUUAAUGCACAUCAGCUAGAAAAAUCUUCUGGUGUGAUACAAUGUGGGUUAAGGAUGUUCACACACAAUCUGAAGUGAUGCUUCUUUGCUGUUGGAACUGCUGUCCUUCAGAGGUUAAAACCAAAGCCUUGUGAUAUAUUAAUAUACAAUCCCAAGAGACUAGAUUCCGUAAUAAGUUAGAAUCAUCUUUAAAAUACCUAGAUGGGGCAAACACCGCAGUAAGAUAACAUGAAUUACUAUUUACAAAAUGUAUGUUUUGGGGGAAAUUCUGUAUAAUUUCUUGCAUUCAUAUUGGCCAUUGGAAUGAUCCUUUGUCCAGUAGUGGUUGGUGGAGGAAGCUUAUUGCUCCUUUUGUUCCAAAAAUUAUAGUGCUGUUAAGCCAGCUACUUUGCUAGCUGCCCUAGCUUGCCAAGAUGUGGUUUUAGAUUUUGAUAGUUAAUGUAAUUAUAACUGGGCACAGUGAUUCAAUGUAUCUUGCAAUAUUUUACCUGCUAAUUUGCUUAUGCAGCCUAAUUUGCUUUGAAGUUGUAUCCUGGGUUUAUCCUUCCAAUUAACAGCUGCUAUAAUGUGCUGAAUCAAAUAAUCACCCAUUGGCUUCAAUCUCAUCUAAUUUACCUCAUGGUUCAUCUUUGAAUUUGCUUUCUUUGUGGUGUGAUAAAAUUGUUUUUGGGAUUUUGAGUGCCUUGUAAAGACUUGUCAUCUAUGGAUUUUGCUGUUAUCCCAGCAUUCUACCUCUUUUACCACAUUGCUUUGAUAUUGAAAGUGACAAGUCUUUUACUAGCCCCAGACACCAAGUAUAUCAGACUAUUUAUUCAUUGUGUAUGUGACAUCUAUUUUCAUUCAAUGUGUAAUAUACUUUGUUUCUCAACACAGUUUCAUGUUUCAGCCUAAUUUGUGUAAAGUCCUACAAGCUUCCAGUUGCCUUUUAAUUCAGCUGGGUUAUAACUGGGGUUUCAGUAUCCAUGCAAUUUUGUAUAAUUAAGACUGGUAUUUAUCUAAUCUCUUGGACAACAUCAAAACUUCUCAUGUCACACUGGGUGGAUAUCUUCUGCAAUUGUAAUGCAGUAAAGUCAUUUAGC